AUGGUCCAUUUCACGGCCCUCUUGGCCAGUGCCUGGCUGUUCCCGGUGGCGUAUGGGGCGAGUCACUCGCUGGCCUCGAGCACCACGCCUCUGCGUUCCCAGUUUACGAUUCCGGCCUCGGCCGACGUGGGUGCGCAGUUGAUCGCCAACGUAGACGACCCCCAAGCUGUCAAUGCACAGUCCGUCUGCCCUGGCUACAAGGCAUUCAAUGUGAAACACACCGGGGAUGGGUUCUCGGCAGACCUGGAACUGGCCGGGAAACCAUGCAAUGCGUAUGGGACGGAUGUCGGUUCGUUGUCCUUGACGGUGGAGUACCAGGCAAAGGACCGCCUGAACAUCCAGAUUGUCCCGUCGCAUGUCGACUCCUCGAAUGCUUCCUGGUACCACCUGUCCGAAGACACGGUUCCCAGGCCCAAGGUUUCCCCGAAUGCCUCGAUUCCCCAAAGUGACCUUUUUGUCUCGUGGUCCAACGAGCCCUCGUUCAAUUUCAAGGUGAUCCGCAAAGCCACCGGCGAAGCCCUGUUCGACACCGAAGGGUCAGUGCUGGUGUACGAGGAUCAGUUUAUCGAAUUCGUGACCUCGUUGCCCGAGGACUACAAUUUGUAUGGGCUCGGCGAGCGGAUGAGCCAGCUUCGGCUCCUGAAGAACGCCAAUCUAACCAUGUAUGCGGCGGAUAUUGCGGACCCGAUCGACAGCAACAUCUAUGGUCAACACCCGUUCUAUUUGGACACGAGAUAUUACAAGGCCAAUGAGCAAUAUGGCCCGCACUCUCGGGCGCGGACCAGCGAGAUUGACCCGUCGCAAGAAUACGUAUCCUAUUCCCAUGGUGUAUUCUUCAGGAACGCUCAUGGACAGGAGGUUCUACUGCGGUCUGAGAAGCUGAUCUGGCGGACAUUGGGUGGCAGUAUUGAUCUGACCUUCUAUGCCGGCCCAACGCAGGCGGAUGUGACCAAGCAGUACCAGAUUAGCACGGUUGGUUUACCAGCGAUGCAGCAGUACAACACUCUCGGUUUCCACCAGUGUCGCUGGGGCUACAACAACUGGACAGAGUUUGAGGAGGUUGUUGCCAAUUUCGAAAAAUUCGAGAUUCCCUUGGAAUACGUCUGGGCGGACAUUGAUUACAUGCAUGGGUAUCGGAAUUUUGAUAACGACAAACAUCGCUUUUCUUACGAAGACGGCGAGAAGUUCCUGAGCAAACUGCACGAUGGAGGACGCCGCUGGGUGCCGAUCGUCGAUGCGGCGCUUUAUAUUCCGAACCCGGAAAACGCAUCAGACGCAUAUGAAACGUACACCCGAGGAGAUGCCGACGAUGUCUUCCUCAAGAACCCCGAUGGCAGUCUCUACAUCGGAGCCGUCUGGCCUGGGUACACGGUCUACCCCGAUUGGCAUCAUCCCAAGGCCGUCGAGUUCUGGGCCAACGAACUGUUGGUCUGGUGGAAGAAACUAGCCUAUGAUGGCGUCUGGUACGAUAUGGCCGAGGUGUCUUCUUUCUGCGUGGGAAGUUGCGGCACUGGGAAUCUGACUCUGAAUCCCGCCCAUCCCCCUUUCUCGCUACCAGGUGAGCCUGGGAACGUGGUCUUUGAUUAUCCUGAAGGCUUCAAUAUCACGAAUGCGACGGAGGCUGCGUCAGCAUCUGCCGGUGCGUCCAGCCAGGCCGCUGCAGGGGGAUCUGGGUCCUCGCCCACCAAAACAUCGUAUCUGCGAACAACCCCCACUGCGGGUGUCCGCGACGUCGACCACCCUCCCUACGUGAUCAAUCAUGUCCAAACCGAGCACGAUCUCGCGGUCCACGCUGUAUCUCCCAACGCAACCCACGCGGAUGGCGUUGAGGAAUAUGACGUGCAUAGUCUUUACGGCCACCAGGGCUUGAAUGCCACCUACCAGGGCCUGCUCAAGGUCUGGUCGGAAAAACGUCCCUUCAUCAUUGGUCGAUCCACCUUUGCCGGUUCAGGGAAGUGGGCCGGACACUGGGGCGGCGACAACUUCUCCAAAUGGGGAUCUAUGUACUUUUCCAUCUCACAGGCUCUUUCUUUCUCUCUGUUCGGCAUCCCCAUGUUCGGGGUAGACACCUGCGGGUUCAACGGGAAUAGCGCCGAGGAGCUCUGCAACCGCUGGAUGCAGCUGUCCGCCUUCUUCCCCUUCUACCGCAACCACAACGUGCUAUCCGCCAUCCCCCAGGAGCCAUACCGCUGGGCCUCGGUGAUCGACGCCUCCAAAGCGGCCAUGAAGAUCCGGUACUCGAUCCUGCCCUACUUCUACACGCUGUUCCAUCUCGCUCACACCACCGGAUCGACGGUCAUGCGGGCCCUGGCCUGGGAGUUCCCGCACGACCCUAGCCUCGCCGCCAUCGACACGCAGUUCCUCGUCGGCCCCUCCGUCAUGGUCGUCCCCGUCCUGGAGCCGCAUGUCGACUCGGUCAAGGGCGUGUUCCCGGGCGUCGGACACGGCGAGGUCUGGUACGACUGGUACACGCAGCGGGCCGUGGACGCGCAACCCGGCGUCAACACCACCAUCCCGGCGCCGUUGGGCCACAUCCCCGUUUUCAUCCGCGGCGGCAGCGUCCUGCCCAUGCAGGAGCCCGCUCUGACGACCCGGGACGCGCGCCAAACGCCCUGGUCUCUCCUGGCGUCGCUGGGCACCAAGGGCACCGCGUCGGGCCAGCUGUACCUGGACGACGGCGAGAGCAUUCAUCCAGCGGACACGCUCUCGGUGGACUUUGUAGCUACUCGAUCUAGCCUUCGGGCGUCGGCACGAGGGACGUGGACCGAGAAGAACGCGCUCGCCAAUGUGACUGUUCUCGGUGUGCAGGAGAAGCCGGGCGAUGUCAGCUUCAAUGGAGAGAAGAUCGCGGCGGAGUCGGUUCGGUAUAAUGCCAACUCGAAGGCUCUGCAUGUGGGAGGACUACAGAAGUUGACUGCGAAGGGGGCAUGGAGCAGAGAUUGGGUUCUGGAGUGGUGA